ACAUGCAACAUCAGCAAGUCAACCAAGAGCAGAUGUGGCAUACUGCAUUCACAAACUUUCCAAAAGGCUUUACAAGACAAAAAACUGGAUAGUAAAUAAUACACUUAAUUAACUGUUUGGCAUGGAAAAACAUUAUUUUUCUUGUUCAACUUUGGUUCAGCAUGUUUGUAACAUAAAAAUGAUGAAAUGGCAGGUUGCUAUAAAGACAUUGAUAGUGAUGCAUAGGUUAUUGAGAGAGGGUGAUCCUACUUUCAGAGAAGAGCUCCUAAACUACACACGCAGGGGACACUUUCUCCAAAUAUCCAAUUUCAAAGAUGACACCACUCCUCAAGCUUGGGAUUGUUCUGCAUGGGUUCGAACCUAUGCACUUUUUCUACAAGAAAGACUUGAAUGCUUUAGAACACUCAAAUACGACAUUGAAACAGAGCGUUUCGUAAAAUCACCAACUUCUUCAGCUAAACCACUUACAAGAACUCGGUCUUUGGGUGCUGCAGAAUUGUUGGAGCAGUUACCUGCAUUGCAGCAACUCCUGCAACGCCUUAUAGGUUGCCAGCCUGAAGGAUGCGCUUAUGGAAAUUAUCUUGUACAAUAUGCAUUGGCCCUGGUAUUGAAAGAGAGCUUCAAAAUAUAUUGUUCAUUGAAUGAUGGAAUCAUCAAUCUUGUGGAUGUGUUCUUUGAUAUGGAAAGACAUAACGCAGUGAGGGCUCUGAAAAUUUAUAAAAGAGCUGGCCAACAGGCUGAGCAUCUUGCUCAGUUUUAUGAAUACUGCAAAGGGUUGGAGAUUGCAAGGAAUUUCCAAUUUCCAUGUCUAAGACAGCCACCCCCCUCUUUCCUUGCAACAAUGGAAGAAUACAUUGGAGAAGCACCACAAACUAGCUCUGUUCAUCAAAGACUGGAAUAUCGUGAAGCUGAUCUAUCACCUUCUAGAGAAGAUCCUCCAGAAACCGACGAGCCCGAAGAGCCUCAAGAAACUGAAGGAGAAGAAGAGAAUGAGGAAGAACCAGUUGUCAACGGAGAGCCAAAUCCUGUGGAAGUGGAAGAGGCUGCUCCGCUGAUAUCGAAUAAUUGGAUCGAUGAUGACUUGCUGGGUCUGCGUGAAAUAAACCCUCAAGCUGUUGAACUUGAAGAAAGAAAUGCUUUGGCCCUUGCAAUUGUACAACCUGGUGGAAAUAAUUCAAACAAUCUUGCUUUGAACAACAUUGGUGACACUACUGGUUGGGAACUAGCACUGGUUACAGCACAAAGCAACCAUACUAGCCAAGCGCCAGAUCGAAAUAUGGCUGGUGGAUUUGACAAGUUAUUACUAGAUAGUUUAUAUGAAGAUGAGAAUGCAAGAAGACAACUCCAGCUCCAAAAUGCAGGUUAUGGAUAUGGUGGAAAUGGAAUGGCCAUACAAAACCCAUUUGAAAAUGAUAAUGAUCCAUUUGCAGUGUCCAACAACAUAGCACCCCCAACCAGUGUUCAAUUGGCAUUGCAACAACAGCAACAACAAACGCUGUUCCAACAACAACAGAACAAUAACAUGAUGAUGACGCCUUACCAGCAGCAACCAUAUUACAAUCCAUUUGGAGACCCUUUACCAGUGCCUAACUAUGCAUAUGGUUCUACACCAGCACAGGGAAAUUAUAAUUUAAUGUAGAAUUUGACCCUCUUUUUUAUAUAGCAUUCUAUUACACAGAACUUCCCUUGCCAAAUUGUAGGUAUUCUUGUUGGUUGAUGUAGGAUUUUUUUUAUUUUCCCCCUUCUUGAAGUUAUUUUAAUUCAUUGUUGGCCAGUGAAUGUGAUUUACUUGUAAUCAUAAAUCAUUCAUUUUAGACAUGUUAAUAACUAUACAAGCCAUAUUGUAUCUUUGCUUCUCAUGUAUACUUCAUUGGCAACAAAAUGAGUUAUAUGUACAAAUGAGGUAUAGUGAUA